AUGAAACUUUGGACAUCUCCUUGGGUGUCCUGCCUGGUGAUUCUCAUCCUCUGUUUUGGAUCAGAGUGCGGGACGGUGGAGCGGCGAAAAGGCAGAUCCAAGAGGGACUUGGUGCGCAUGAGAGAGACGAGAGCGACCCUCCCGGGGGCUUGCGCCACGCGUCUGCCCCGGGGCAAGCGCUCCCUGGCCGGCUUGGAGCGCAGAGGGCUCCGGCAGCGUCGGCGCUCCUCCUCGCAGCCGGAGGCGAGCUCCCCUGAGCGGGGCAAGGCGGUUUAUUUCACCGGCAGGGGCGAUCAACUCCGGCUGAAGCCCGGCGUGGAGAUCCCCAGAGGAAACUUCACACUUGAAAUGUGGAUCAAACCGGAGGGAGGUCAGCGAUCACCCACUGUGAUAGCAGGCCUUUACGACAAAUGUUUCUACGCCUCUAGUGACCGAGGCUGGCUGCUCGGCAUCCAGUCGGUCAGUGAACAUGGCAACCGAGACCCCCGCUUCUUUUUCUCCCUGAAGACAGAUCGUGCCCACAAGGCAACCACUAUCCACUCCAAUGCUCACUACGCACCAAAUCAGUGGGCCUAUCUAGCCGUCACCUAUGACGGCAUCUACAUGAAGCUUUUCGUCAAUGGCGCCCAAGUUGGCGUCAGCCGAGAGCAAUCGGGUGACGUCUUCAGUCACCUGACCAAAAAGUGCAAAGUGUUGAUGAUCGGAGGGAACGCGUUGAAUCAUAACUACAGGGGAGCAGUGGAAAGGGUGGCUCUGUGGAGGCACGCUCGAGGUCAGAGGCAAAUUAUCAAGGACAUGCGCGGCAACGAGGAUCCGCAAGAUCUACCUCAGCUGGUCAUACGUGAAACUUUUGAGCACCCGGCAAGGAAAUGGCUGACUGUGAAAGACGGUAGCUUCCCUCAGCCGGAGGAGAGGGGAAGUGGACGAACGGGUUUUCAGGUGGCCGGAGGAAAUGUCGAAGGAUUAUUAGACACAACAUUAGAGCCUCCGGCUUGCGGCCAAACAGUCUGUGACAACGUUGAGGUCAUCAAAAACUACAACCAGCUCUCCAGCUUCCGCCGCCCAAAGAAAGUACGCUACCGCGUAAUAAAUAUCUGGGACGAUACGCAGACCAAGCCAACUGUGUCGGACCACCAGAUCAGCUUGCAGCAUCAGCGGCUUAAUGAUGCCUUCAACCCCUACAACAUCAGCUGGGAACUCAGCAUUCACAACAUUACCAACUCGUCUCUCCGAAACAGACUGAUUCUAGCAAAUUGUGACAUCAGCAAAGUGGGCGACGACGCCUGCGACCCAGAAUGCAACCAUCCGCUUACCGGGUUCGAUGCCGGGGACUGCGUGUCGGGCCACCGCAGCCGCUGCCCAGAGAGCAAGCAGGGCAACGGUGUGUGCGACCCUGAAUGUAACUGGGAAAAUUUUUCCUACGACCUCGGCGACUGUUGCGAUCCCGAUGUGACGGACGUAACGAAGACCUGCUUCAACCGCUCUUCUCCACACAAGGCCUAUUUGGAUGUGAAGGAACUCAAAGAGAUUCUGCGCUUGGAUGGUUCGACUCACCUGAAUGUCUUCUUCGCCAACUCUUCUGAUGAAGAUCUUGCGGGGGUUGCCACUUGGCCCUGGGACAAAGAAGCCCUCACGCAUUUAGGUGGAAUUGUGCUAAAUCCAUCCUUUUACGGCACUUUCGGCCACACCGACACCAUGGUCCACGAGGUUGGUCACAGUUUGGGCCUUUACCACGUCUUUCGAGGUAUCUCGGAGAUCGAGUCUUGCAAUGACGCCUGUUUGGAGACCGAGCCUUCCAUGGAGACUGGAGAUCUGUGCGCCGACACCAACCCAACACCUAAGUUUAAAGGCUGCCAUGAUCCUGAGCCGGGAAAUGAAACUUGCGGAUCUCCACAUUUCACGCAAACACCUUUCAACAACUACAUGAGUUAUGCAGAUGACUCUUGUACUGACUCCUUCACCCUGAAUCAAGUGGCCCGAAUGCACUGCUACCUGGACCUGGUCUACCAGACGUGGCAACCAGCCUCCAAACCACCUCCCGUGCCGAUGCCCCCCCAGGUGGUGGAGCAGCAUCAUAAAUCGGUCACCUUGGAAUGGUUCCCACCCAUUUCCGGACACUUUUACGACAGAGAAUUGGGAUCAGUGUGCGAUAAAUGCACUGAGGGGGGAGUUCUGCUGCAAUAUGCCUCCAAUUCAUCAUCGCCGAGGCCAUGUGCCCCGUCUGGACACUGGUCUCCACUCGAAGCCGAAGGUCCUCCUGAUGUCGAGCAGGCCUGCGAACCCAGCGUGCGCACUUGGAGCCCCAACUCUGGUAAUGAGCAGGGCAACGUUGGCUUUUCUGAGUGCCCCCUCCAGGGCUGCAUGCUCCAGCUGGAGUUCCUUCACCCGCUGGUGCCGGACUCUUUGACCGUCUGGGUCACGUUCUUCAGCCUUGAAGAAACUGCGUUACCGGCCAUCCACAACAUCUUGCUGCUUACUGUCAACGGUAACAACAUCUCACUGGGGCCUAGCAACGUCUUCUGUGACACUGCGCUCACACUAAAACUGGACGUUGAGGAGGAAAUCUACGGAGUACAAUUCUUCACCAUGGAGCAGAACCUAGAGAUCGACGCCACCCUCUUGGCAUCUAAGCCAGACUGCUCACUGUGUGACGACUGCCAACCGUUGCGAUACCGUCUGCUGCGCCAGCCGGCCUUUACCCACGCGCCGCACGGUCUCAUAUUCAAUGAACCAUCACGCCGAUAUACAGACAGGGAUGUAGACCCGCAUGUCACAUACACCUACAGAGUCCAAACCAUCUCCAGUCGGAGUGAAAGUGAGCCUUCACCACCACUGGUUCAUGAACUAGGGGCAACCUACUGCGGAGAUGGACAGAUCCAGAGUUCCAAAGGAGAGGAGUGUGAUGACAUGAAUUCCAUGAAUGGUGACGGCUGCUCCAGCCAGUGCAAGAAAGAGCCUUUCUUCAACUGUGUUGAGGAACCGAGCAUGUGCUACUACUACGACGGGGAUGGCGUAUGCGAGGACUUUGAGCGAGAGACUGGCGUUCGAGACUGCGGCCUCUACACGCCCAGUGGCUUCCUGGACCAGUGGGCAUCCGCUGUUGAAGUUUCCCACGAGAAGAAACCCUACUGCUCGGGCGAGGUGGCAGCUGGUUAUCCCGCUGUUACGAAGACAUGUCAGUCCAAGGUGUUCGACCUAUCUGACGGGGUUUCCCAAUAUGCCUGGUUCCCAUGUCACGAGGCCCGCAAAACUCCCUGGGGAAUCUACUGGCUCAAGGCCCACUUCUCUCAUCCAAUGGUGGCAGCUGCAGUGAUCAUUCACCUGGCGGCUGAUGGGACGGGUUACAUCGACCAGACUCAGUGUAACAUCACUGUUCAGCUGGUGGACACUAAAGAAGGAAUCCAUAGUCUUGGCGAGUGGCGACUGAGCUGCCGUACAAACCCGUUGGUGAUUCCGGUCAGCCAUGACUUGUCAGUGGCUUUCUACCACACCACGGCCAUUUUGGUCACAUUUGCUUCCCGUUUGGUGGCCAUCUCUGGUGUUGGCCUGCGCUCCUUCCAGUCCUUUGACCCCAUCACCAUCAGCGGUUGCCAGAGUAACGAGAUCUAUAACCCGACUGGUCAAAGUUGUGUACAUUAUUCGUGUGAAGCCAUCGACUGCCAGGAGCCCUUGAUCCGCAAUGCAGAGCUCAAGUGCAGCAACACUGGUCACCACUUCUACAACGGCGACCGUUGCACCAUCUCCUGCAACUCGGGAUACGUACUGCAGAUCCAUCAAGAUGAUGACAUCAUCAAAAGCCAGUCGCAUUCUUUGGUGACCAUUACCUGCACAAACGGCAAGUGGAACAAACAGGUGUCGUGCGAGCCUGUCGACUGUGGUCUGCCUGACAAAUACCACGUUCACCCGGCCCAUUUCCAAUUCCCCGAGGGCACCACCUAUGGCAAGAAGAGCACUUUCCAGUGCCGUGAACCUGCCCAGCUUGUAGGUACCAACAAUACUCUGACUUGUCUCGAGGAUGGUCUUUGGUCCUUCCCAGAGGCUCUGUGCGAGCUUCGCUGCCCCGCUCCUCCACCCGUGCCCAAUGCUGUACUUCAGACCAAACGCUGCAACGAGACGGGGCUCAAAGUGGGAACACUGUGCAAGUACAAGUGCAGGCCAGGCUACCAUGUGACUAACAAACCCAAGAGGCGCGCAUUUAAGCGUCAGUGCACUGAAGAUGGCAGUUGGCUGGAGGGGGCGUGUGAACCAGUGACCUGCGAGCCCCCGCCGCCCAUCUUCCACGGUUCCUACCACUGUACCGACGGCUUCCGCUUUGAUAGCAUUUGCCGGCUCAACUGCUCAGACCAGGCCGGUAAUAGCGCUAAUGCCGUCAAUGGAGGCUCCGCCCACACGGUGAGGCUGCUGCACGCUCCAUGCAAGCAGGGAGUGGGAUCCAAUGCAAUCCGCUGCAGGAAGGACGGCAACUGGACGGGGUCCUUCCGCCUCUGCCCUACCAGCAAAGGGCAGUGUUCUUUACCUCAAAACCUGCAUCCUGAUGUUCAAUACUCAUGCAGGCAUGGACAUGGCAUAGGCGAGGAGUGUGAUCUGAAGUGCAGGAAGAUCAGCGACGACGUAGUGAUACUCCCUAGCAACAUGACUGUGGCGAGUGUACUCGAGGAGCAUUGGAGAAACCCACACAAGGUCAAGAGUAUUGUUUGUACAAUGGGACUGAAGUGGUAUCCCCACCCAGAGUUGCUCCACUGCUUCAAAGGAUGCGAUCCAUUCAUGGGGGACAACUACUGUGAUGCAGUAAACAACCGAGCCUUCUGUAACUACGACGGAGGAGACUGCUGCCAAUCCACUGUCAAGACCAAGAAGGUGAUUCCAUUUCCCAUGUCCUGUAACAUAAGGGAUGAGUGCUCCUGUCGGGAUCCAAAUGCUACAGAGAACAAACGGGAAGAGAAUGUCCUUUCACUGGGGUGA